CACGGGUUCUUAUACACCGACGGGGCGGCACUCGGUUUCUGUGGAGGACCAAAUGCAGAAACAGAGAGAGGACAGAGACUCUUACACGCAAGCCCAGAGGCAAUACAACUCCUUACCGCGACAACCACGUAAAAACCCUAGCACCGUGUCUCAAGACUCUUGGGAUAAAGUCUAUCCUCCCGGCGAGGUCUUUCAGUCCGCCAAAGAGAACCCGCGCUACUCCAGCUACCAGGGAUCCCGCACUGCCAAUGGCUACCUGGGCGCCGCCGCCACGGGCCUGAACGCUCGUGUCCUCCUGGAGACCCAAGAGCUCCUUAGACAGGAACAGAGACGAAAGGAGCAGGAGGCUAAAACCAAGCUACCUACUAUGGAGGAGACACCAACCCCAGGCCAAACCCCUGUUCCUGCUCCACCCAAAGGCCCCUACCGACAAGACGUGCCACCCUCGCCCACCCAACUCGCCCGGCUCAACCGUCUACAGACCCCUGAGAAGGGCCGCCCCUUCUACUCCUGAGAUGAGAGAUCAAAACUGUAGGAAAAACUAUGUGACAGCAAUAAUAUUGAAUGGCGAGAGACAGAGCUAUAAUAUGGAGACUGAAUGGAGAAUUCUGGGUAAUUGGUUUUGGAGGUUUUUCUGAGUUUUUUUUUUUUUUUACUCCAGUAUGAACUCUUUGUACACACUGAAGAUCUUUGUCAACUAUCCAUCACCCAUUCCUGCUUUUGACAAAUGUGUGUGUGUGUUUGUUCAAUUCAUUGAUGUUAUGGCACUAGGUACUCUUGACAAUCACAUGACAGUCGCCCGAGGCUUUGAUACAUGGUUGUU